GCACGUACGAAUUAGAAUUAGAUUAGAAAAAAUGAUAAACAUAAAAAAAUUCAUGUAUAUAUAUUGCAACCUUAAUAUACUAGAGUUCAAGUUUGAGAAAUUUAGGGACAAAUCUUCAUUCUGCUUGAGGGUAAAUUUUACCAAAUUCAAAAUUUUUUUUACUUUGUUACAAAAUAAAUUAUUUAAUAAAUGAAACUUCCAUAAUAAGAAAAAUCUGUGAUUUAUUUUCUAAUUUUCUCAAAGAACUUUUAAACAAUUACAGCAACUAAAAAUGAAGUACGUUUGUAUGUUGCUGUACACUCUCUUUGCGCCACUCUCAUAUUCAAUAGAGACACACGAAAGCUGGAUUCAUAAUGAUAUUCAGGAACAGCUUCAAACAUCUGAAUCAGCCUUGGAUGAUGUUGAGAAUAAAUUUGAGCAUGAACAUUGCAAAGCAGUUGGACACAUAGGAUUUGAUGCAUAUACUUCUAACGAUUGUGUAUUCUCCUGCAACAGUCGACCUGUCGGGAAAUCUAUUACAUUUGAUGAAUUUUUAGGAAAAUGGGUAACUUAUGUAAAAGUAUUUGCACCAGACGGAUAUGACUGUAGAAACGAUGGAUAUUGUCUGGGUGGACAAUGUACAGAAAAGACAAUCACUAUUGUCAAUACAAGUUCUACUGAUUUUACUGACUCAUGGAAAGAAUCUACAUCUCCUAAACGCGACAAAAAAUCUAGUGAUUUUACUUCUCCUUCCUCUGAUGGCGUUAUAAGUUCUUUAGAUUCAAAAACAACUCGUGAUUUAAUAACGAAUGAUGAUAGUUCUUAUAACAACACAAUUUCUAAUGACAUUGAUUACUUUAAAGGUUCAACAACUCCUGAAAUUAUUUCACACUUUAAUAACAUAACUACACCACCAAGUGGUACUACCUUUGACGCUUCUGAACCUGUGGGACUGGAAUUACAAAUUAUGAAUGAACAUUGCGAGCGAGCGAAAGAAGGUUACUUUUUCGCGCUUCUUCCAAAUAAGUGUUUCAUAGCGUGCACUCUUGACAAGUACUUGGCAUACCAUCCUGAUAAAGAUAAUGAUGACACUUAUCAAACAGUUCGCGAAAUUACUAUGUUCCUCGAAAAUUAUAAAGAAGUUUUCAUUAAUGAUGGACAGUGUGUCAAACGGACUACUGCUGAUAGCAAUACAAUUUCUACAGAUGUUACUGACUCGGUGAAAGAAUCUACAACUCCUAAAAGCGUCGCAAGUUUGGGUGAGCAUAUUUCCCUUUCCACUGAUGGCAUCACAAGUUCUUUAGAUUCAACAACGCCUUGUUAUUUAAUUACGAAUGAUGAUAGUUCUGAUAACAAGACAAUUUCUAAUGAUAUUGAUGAUUCUAAAGGAUCAACAACUCCUAAAAGUAUUUUAAAUUUUAAUAAUGCAACUACUACUGAUAGCAAUACAAUUUCUACUAAUGUUACUGACUUUGAGAAAGAAUCUACAACUCCUGAAAGCAUCGGAAAUUCGAGUGGUCAUAUUUCUUCUUCCAGUAAUGGCGUCACAAGUUCUUUAGAUUUAACAACGCCUCGUUAUUUACUUACGAAGGAUCAUAGUUCUGAUAAUAAAACAAUUUCUAAAGACAUUAAUGACUUUAAAGAAUCAACAACUCCUAAAAGUAAUUUAAAUUUGAAGAAUGCAACUACUACUGAUAGCAAUACAAUUUCUACUAAUGUUACUGACUUUGUGAAAGAAUCUACAACUCCUGAAAGCUUUGGAAAUUCGAGUGAUCAUAUUUCUUCUUCCAGUAAUGGCAUCACAAGUUCUUUAGAUUCAACAACACCUCGUUAUUUACUUACGAAUGAUCAUAGUUCUGAUAAUAAAACAAUUUCUAAAGACAUUAAUGACUUUAAAGAAUCAACAACUCCUAAAAGUAAUUUAAAUUUGAAGAAUGCAACUACUACUGAUAGCAAUACAAUUUCUACUAAUGUUACUGACUUUGUGAAAGUAUCUACAACUCCUGAAAGCUUUGGAAAUUCGAGUGAUCAUAUUUCUUCUUCCAGUAAUGGCAUCACAAGUUCUUUAGAUUCAACAACACCUCGUUAUUUACUUACGAAUGAUCAUAGUUCUGAUAAUAAAACAAUUUCUAAAGACAUUAAUGACUUUAAAGAAUCAACAACUCCUAAAAGUAAUUUAAAUUUGAAGAAUGCAACUACUACUGAUAGCAAUACAAUUUCUACUAAUGUUACUGACUUUGUGAAAGUAUCUACAACUCCUGAAAGCUUUGGAAAUUCGAGUGAUCAUAUUUCUUCUUUCAGUAAUGGCAUCACAAGUUCUUUAGAUUCAACAACACCUCGUUAUUUACUUACGAAUGAUCAUAGUUCUGAUAAUAAAACAAUUUCUAAAGACAUUAAUGACUUUAAAGAAUCAACAACUCCUAAAAGUAAUUUAAAUUUGAAGAAUGCAACUACUACUGAUAGCAAUACAAUUUCUACUAAUGUUACUGACUUUGUGAAAGAAUCUACAACUCCUGAAAGCUUUGGAAAUUCGAGUGAUCAUAUUUCUUCUUCCAGUAAUGGCAUCACAAGUUCUUUAGAUUCAACAACACCUCGUCAUUUAAUUACGAAUGAUGAUAGUUCUGAUAACAAGACAAGUUCUAAAGGCAUUGAUGACUUUAAAGAAUCAACAACUCGUAAAAGUAUUUUAAAUUUUAAUAAUGCAACUACACCUCAAAGUGGAACCACCUCUGGUACUUCAUAUCCUGUGAGACAGAAAUUGACUGAUUCGGAUACCACAGAUAAAAUGACAACCCUUUCUUCAGAAUCUGAUGGUUUUAAUAACAACGUUCAUAAUAGCAGAACAUCAUUACCUAUUGACACUGUUAAUAAAGAAUUAUCCACACCAAAAUAUAGUACUAUUUCUAAUACUUUGAAAUCUCCACAUAGAGAAUUACAAAUUCUGAACGAACAGUGCAACCGUUAUGGAUUGUAUUAUUUCUUCAGUUAUCCUGAUAAUAAAUGUGUGUUAGCCUGCACAGCUUCAGAAUUCUUGGCAUACCAUCCCAGUAAACAAAAUAAUUUCUUUUAUCAAACGUUGAGUAGAUUUAAUAUACAAGUCAAUAAUUACGGACAAAUUUCCGUUCAGGAUGGACUUAAAUGCAGUGAUAAUGGAUACUGUCAAAAUGGUCAAUGUUUGGAAAAGAUUAAGUCUGUUACUCCUUCAUUCUUGUCUAUGGAAGCUUUUUUUGGUUUAUCUAAUAACGAAUGCAAAAAAAUUGGUACAUACGGUGCUUAUAGUGUCUCUUCAAUUGAUUGUGCCUUAAAUUGCAUGAUGAUAAAUCCCUAUUCAGGUUAUUUAACAAUUAACCAGAAAGUUGCUCCUAAUGGAUUUCCUUGCAGUAAUAAUAGAAUUUGUCACGAGGGAACGUGCCGGAGAAUUUCUAAGGAAGCUAUUUAUACUAUACGAAGAUAUUAG